ACUCACGAUAGCCAUGGAGGUGAAAAUUGCGUUGCUGAUCUUUGCAUUAAUCUCUCUUCAGAUCGUAGAUGCGGAACUAUUUUACAAUCCAAUGCAAAUGACGGACGCACAGCUUGAAGAGAGAGGCUUAAAAUGCUAUCCUGGUCAUACUGUUAUAAAAAUAGAAGAGAAAAAAGUAAUAAGCAAUGACGAGACCUCUGAAGAAGAAAUACGAAGAUCUCAUAUGAACUUCGAAGCGAAAGAAGAAAGCUGCAAGAUUUGUGUGUGUUCUGUUGAUGGAAAAGACGAAUAUUGUAGUCGAAGACCAGCUAUGAACGUUAAUGAAUGCCUUAGGAUGGGCAUUUUGAAGAAAAAUAUGGAGAGGAAUUUGCCUUUUGCGCACGAAACGUCGUUGGCGUUUAGGAUUAGGCGAGUUGGAGAUGAUAUCGAUAAUGAAAAGUGCAUACCAUUUGUAUCCGAAUAUUCCGAUUGUUCUGAAGCUAAUGAAUGUUCGGGAUGCAAUCGAUGUUCAUGCUCAGCGGAGGGCGAGUGGCAGUGUGAGGCUGUCUUCGACUGUUCAGUCGAUGAAAACGACGUUUUAGCAGAUAGGCAAACGUUCAGCACUGCCGUUGAUGUUAUGUAUACAGGAUUAAAAAAGAAGGCUAAGAAAAAACCUGAAAGCCUUGUGCCAGGUCCUCCAAAACCUGAAGACGAACUAUUAGGUUAUUUAAUCGCUAUACCUUGA